UUGGAUGGAAGGAUGUAUCAUAUGGAGAGAGAAGCUUUCUCAGUCCUUCCCUCUCACUCUGCGGGGUCCCGACUUCCCCAUCUAAGGCCCCUCUCAAGUACCAACCAGGACUAAACUCCUGUUGCAAGGAGGAGGAACCAGCUGAGACAGUGCAGAGGGGUCAAGCAGACAAAUUUGGCCUCAAGGAUUAUAAAGAAAGCCUCAAGGCAGUGGAUGGUUCUUCUGAGCUCCACUGGCUCACAGACCUGUUACCGCUGUGUUCAGAGUGCCAGGCAUUCAUGGGCAUGGGCAACCACCAGGGCACUAAGACUAAGCCGAACCUGCAGAGUUAUCUGGAUAGGCAGGACAUUUCACGGAGAUCCCCCAAAGCUCAGAUCCCUAGGAAGAGAAGGAAACGAAUGGAGGGUCUAGGCUGCACCAGCACCCUUCAGCACACUCUCAAGCAAAUGCCAGGGGGUCAGCGGGCAGCACCUUGGGGAAGGGAACUGAAGAAGCUUUUGAUAUUGAGCACUCCUACUUUUGAGGAAACCCAAGAGUGGGACAUAGAGGAACAGAAGUUGGCCAUCUGCACUCCCACUGCCAGGAGAAAAAGAGCCGUAGGAACAGAGAUAGAGGAGAAAGGUACUUCAGUGUUGGAAGAGAUGGAGAGGAGUCUACAAGACCAAACCCUAGUAUGGGGAGAGAAGCUGCCAGACCCCUCUUCUACACUUUCUUUGAGAUAUUCUGGCCAGACACGCCUUUGUUCCCCUGGAGAAGUUUUGUCUCUAAAUGAACAACUUACUCCUGAUGAUUCUGAUACAGACCUCUCAGAGUAUGACAAUGACAUGUGCACAACAUGCAUCUCUACGGAUAGCCAACAAAGGGGCCAAAAUAGCACCAGUCAUUCUCCAGACAGGGUGAUCGCCCAGGCCCUUUGCACUGCCUGGGUGGCCAACCAAGCAGAUGAGAAGCAGAUGGCAGAGGUUGUGGAAGAUAAGCCUUCCGAGCAGCAGUCUGAGGAGCUGGGGAAAAGGGACGCAGUCUGGCGAGUAAUGGGGAAGAUUGAGGAGGUGGAGGGGAUCAUACGUCGGGUGAGUCUCAGCAACACAGACUGGAUCAGAAACACGACAGAGAGGAGAGAUGAGCUCCAAGUUACCUCAGGUGAAUGUGCGGAUGAGGAGGCCACAUCAGAGACUACACAGCAUCUCCAGAUCAUGCAACAUAGAUGCCAGCCUGAAUUCCGUGGUCAUCCACAAAUGCAGACCCAGGACAUGGGCUCCAACCAAAGGAAGCCUCUCCCUGCUGAAGAGCUUCGUGCCCUGGGUGAGGCUCUGAACCAGAGUCUGCGCCAAGCCCUGAGAAUGGAGGGCUUAGUGAAUGGCAAUGACUGGGAAUUAGUGAAAGCAGUGAGUGACGACUUUGCAGAUGCUUACAAGAUGUGCGGCUUUAGCGAUGGACAGAACCCCUCAGAAUCACCAGGGAGGUCUCUGAAUCUAUCAUCUGAUCCUUUUGAUUUGACGGCUGACUUCUCAGUGGCGCCAAGCGAUCUGUCAGCACCCUGUCUUUCCACUCGUGCGGAAAUUACCUGUACCCCUUCACCCUCUCUCUCUGCAAUUCUGGAUGUGUCUCCAAGAACAUCUGGCAGUUUUGAGGACAGAUCUCCUUUCCUGUCCCAUAUGUCUUCCUCCUGUCUGUCCAAUCCUGGGCCCAGCCAUCACUCUCUGCCUCUGACCCUGACUGAUGAGGCUCUCCAGAGACAGGAGGAGAUCUGGCAGCAGGAGGUGGAGGAGUCCCUCCUCUUCUGCAGGUCUCUUUCCAGUCCAUCCAGACCGAGACACGUCGACUUCUUGCGCAUCACAGCCCCCGAAGAUGACAUCACCGGUGAGGCACCCACGCCCAUCUUCCCUGAGCUUCUGACAGAGGCAUCCUCUCCUGUAGAGGGAGAGGAGCGAACCCCUGGCCGUCUACAAGCCAUCUGGCCACCAGUGAAGGAGGAAAAGCUUGGACUGAAGUAUACAGAAGCAGAGCACCAGGCUGCUCUUCUGCAGCUGAAGAGAGAAUGCAAGGAAGAAUUGGAAAAGUUACAGGAGGACUAUGACCGGGAGCUGUCUAGACUGAGGGUGGAAAAUGAGGAGAAUGUUGCCCGGCUUGAGUUCACCUUGGCCCAGCUACAGAGCGAGCUCUCCCGUGGUGGGCCUCGUCAACGUGGGGACGUCAAAGACAUUGCAGUGUCUACGGGAGAUGACAUUUUACAUAAAUCCUUCCGCAAUGUCUGCAUCCAGACAGACCGGGACACCUUCAUCAAGGCUCCUGAGGAUGGGGAUGGAGCUGUGCGAACCAGCCCUCAGCAACACAAGGUGGAUCCUAAAAAGCUCGACCUGGGCUUCAUCAACCUGACCCUCUCUGGACAGAGGGAAGAUGCACUUCUCACUUCUUCAUCAUCUGUACCUCCACCUCAUCCUCUGUCACCUGUGUCACAACCACUACCAGCUGCUUCCCAGACCCUGAUACCAGCUGACACCACCGCGCUGCCUCCUCCUCCACCACUUCCACCAUGCGUUACAUCAGCCAUAAACCUAAUGCAGGUGUCACAUGGCCCUCCACCACCUCCUCCACCACCACCACCACCACUGCCCCCUCCAUCUACACCAGGCUUAGCUCCCCCACCACCUCCUCCUCCAAUGUUCGGUCUCGAGGUGGAUAAAGCUCCCAGGAAACCAGCUGUAGUGCCUUCCCAACCCAUGAAGCCCCUCUACUGGAAUAGGAUCCAGAUUCAGGAAAAUAAUAACAACACACUGUGGAACUCUUUAGAGGAACCAGAUAUAAUCAACACCAGCGAGUUUGAAGAUCUUUUUGCCAAGACCACCAUGCAGACUAAAAGGAAACCGCUGUCAGAAGCCUUUGAGAAGAAAGCCAAAGUCAGGAAGAUUAUUAAGUUGCUGGAUGGUAAGCGCUCCCAGGCUGUGGGCAUCCUCAUCUCCAGCCUCCACCUGGAGAUGAAAGACAUACAACAAGCUGUGCUGAAUGUAGACAACUCCUUGGUGGACAUGGAGACCAUUGAAGCGCUGUAUGAAAAUAGAGGUCAGCCAGAGGAGCUGGACAGGAUCAAGAAACACUACGAGACGUCAGAGGAAGACCAAGUCAAACUGCUGGACAAACCUGAACAGUUCCUGUAUGAGCUUUCUCAGAUCCCAGACUUUGCAGGCAGAGCGCACUGCAUCAUCUUCCAGUCAGCUUUCAUCGACGGCAUAGCCUCCAUCCAACGCAAGCUCCAAAUAGUCUCUUCUGUCUGCAAGGUUCUGCUGGAGCAGGACAGUGUGAGGGAGGUGAUGGGACUGGUGCUGGCCUUGGGGAACCACAUGAACGGAGGCAGCAGGACCAGGGGCCAGGCUGAUGGCUUUGGCCUGGAGAUCCUCCCCAAACUGAAGGAUGUCAAGAGCAGGGACAAUCGCAUCAGCCUGGUGGACUACGUGGUGUCAUAUUACUUGCACAAUGUGGACGAGAAUGCUGGCACAGACAAGAGCAUGUUCCCACUUCCUGAACCUCAAGAUGUCUUCCUGGCAGCGCAGGCCAAGUUUGCGGACCUCAGCAAAGACCUGAGACAGCUCGGACGAGAUCUGACAGUGUGUGAGAAAGGCGUACAGAGAGUUUGCUCUGACUCACCUGAGGAACACCUCCAGCCUUUUAAGGACAAGAUGGAAGCUUUCGUUUUGAAUGCUUGGAAAGAACACGCCGAAACUUCCUAUCAGCUGAUGACUGUGCAAAAAAGUUUUCAGGAGCUGGUGCUGUACUUCGGUCUGAAGCCCAAGACAGGAGAGAAGGAGGUGGCCACCGGUUACUUCUUCAUGCUCUGGUUUGAGUUUUGCACUGACUUCAAAACCAGAUGGAAAAAGGAGAACAAGAACAUCUCCAAAGAGAGGUUGAAAGAGGCCCAGCUGUCAGUGAAGAGGAUCACAGGACAAAAGAAAGUGGAGACAAGAAAGAUCAACCCCAACAGCCUGAAAGAGAGACUGCGGCAGAAAGAAGCCAACAUGACUGCCACCUCAGAGACGCAGGAGGUGUGAAGGAGAGAGAGGAAGAAGUGAUGUGAGAGAGGAGGUGUUUGUUUUGACCUCUGAACCUGAUGCCAAGCUGUCCUGCUCUGCCAGACACAAGAUGGACCUCCCACUGUUUAACCAGAACAUUUUCAACAGAAGAAUAUUCCUCAUCGCUCAGAUACCCUGAAAUCUCAAGGGCAGAAUCUGAAUCACUGGCUAACUGACAAUUAGCCCUUUAUGUUAUACUUACCAUUACAAAUAUGUAUUUUGAUUUUAAAUAUUUUAUAUGGAAUAACUAUACUUCAGUGAUUCAUCUAGCUGUGCAUAGAUUCUUGUAUUGCACUUUCAAAAAAUAUUUUGACUUUAUCCUGAAAUGUUUAGCUUCCUUUUCUCAUACAAUAUUUUUCCAUAAAUUAAAUGACUGAUCAGAAAGAAUGUAUGAAUAU